UGAGCUUUCAGUGGUACAGGAGUGAUGAUGAAGCACAUGGAUCCAUUCAAGGGUUAAAGUCUGCAACUUUGCGUUUAACUGCCUGCUUCACAGAGCCACCUCAGGGUUAACCAAACAUCCUUGCCAAGGGGCCUUGAGGUUUAUGGGAGAAAGAGGAAGUCACAGGUUCUGGGUUUAUUUUUCUCCUGGCUGUAUUGUUUGGCUGCUGUCAGAAUGCAUCCACUCCGUCUCCCUUCUCCACUCCAGCCGGCAAAGCUGUCCCCUGGUAUCUCCCGUCGUGGAGCUUAACGUAGGAGGCGAGUUGUACACCACCACCGUGAGCACCCUGAGAAAAGUCCCGGGUUCAAAGCUGGCAGAGAUGUUCUCCAGCUCCACGAAGGCCUGCCUGGAUGCAGAAGGCCGCUUCUUCAUCGAUCGCCCCGGCACCUAUUUCGGACCCGUCCUGGACUACCUGCGCAGCGAGCAGCUGCCCACACAGCACAUCCCGGAGGUGUACCGUGAGGCGCAGUUUUACGAAAUCAAGCCUUUGGUCAAGCUCUUGGAGGACACGCCGCAGAUUUUUGGUGAGCAGGUGGCUCGGAAGCAGUUCCUGCUGCGGGUGCCCGCCUACAGCGAGAACCUGGAGCUCAUGGUGCGCUUGGCACGCGCCGAGGCCGUGGCGGCACGCAGCUCCACAGUGCUGGUGUGCGUGGUGCGCACUGAAGAAGAGGCAGCCCAGUGCGCAGAGGCCCUGCGCAUCUUCGAGUUUGAAAAGAAGUCGGUUGUCAAGUUUGGACCUUGGAAGGCAGCCCCGCAGGUCAAGGACCUCCUGGACUGCGUGAAGAUGGACAUUGCAGCCCAGGGGUACCAGGUAUACUAUGAACACUACUCCGAGAGAACAUUACGGGCCAAGUAUUUCAAUUACUUUUAUACAUUCCUCUUCAUCUGGUGGUGAUCCGCAGGGGCCAGGGGCAGAGGCAGUGUGUUAUGGGCCUGGCGGGACUUACGCAAUUGAAAGUUGCCUUCAAAAGCCAGCUUCCAGGGGAGCCUCGGUGGCACGGUCGCUAAGCGUCGGACUUGAGCUCAGGUCAUGAUCUC